CAAAACCUAAUAGGGAAGUGGAAUGACUGUCCUCUCCCUCUCUAAUCUUUCUCUCUCCCUCGCGCCACUUCUCCCUUUGUAAUUAUAUAGCGCACGCGUUAUUCAUGCUCCCUUUUUAUAUAUAUAAACGAUUAUCCUCCCCUGCAUCCCUCUCGUGUCAGUUGAGUUGAAUCCAGCACUGAAAUUAACGUACAGUCAAAAAAUUCCCAGUGCUCUAGCCAUCCCCCAUUAUAAAAAUUAACGACCCUCCCCUCAUCCUCUCCCCAUCUCCCUCUCUCUCUCUCUCUCUCACGGUCAAUGGAGAAUAUUGAAGCUUCCCUUCUCAUGGAGUCUGCGUAUACCAUUUUCUGCUACCUCUUUUUUUCAUUCGCUUUCCUGUUUACCGUGUUCUCGCUGCUGGUGUUCAUACUGAGGCUGAAGCCAUGGUGCAACUGCGAUGUCUGCCGGAGUUACAUGACGUCGAGUUGGUCGUCGGAGUUCGACAACCUCUGCGACUGGUACACCCACCUCUUACGGAAAUCCCCCACCGGCACCAUCCACGUCCACGUCCUUGGCAACACCCUCACCGCCAACCCCGACAACGUCCAGUACAUGCUCAAGACCAAGUUCGAUAACUACCCGAAAGGAAAACCCUUCUCCGCGAUCCUCGGCGACCUUCUUGGUCGCGGCAUCUUCAACGUCGACGGCGACUCUUGGCUGUUCCAACGCAAGAUGGCCAGCCUCGAGCUCGGCAGCCUCGCAGUCCGCUCCUACGCUUUCGAGAUCGCCGCCUCCGAGAUCCGGACCAGGCUAAUCCCCCUCCUCUCCUCUGUCGCCGCGGAAAAAGACCGCGUUUUGGACUUGCAGGACGUGUUGCGGAGAUUCUCGUUCGACAACAUUUGCCGAUUCUCUUUUGGACUGGACCCCGGAUGCCUCCGUCUUUCCCUCCCCAUGUCGGAGUUUGCCGUCGCGUUCGAUCUCGCGUCCAAGCUGUCAGCGGAGCGUGCGAUGACUGCAUCGCCCGCAGUGUGGAAGAUCAAACGGCUUCUCAACUUAGGUUCGGAGAAGAAGCUCCGGGAAGCUAUCAAGCUGGUGAACGUCCUCGCCGAGGAGAUGAUAAAGGAGAAGCGAAAAAUGGGUUUCUCCGAUCAUAAAGACCUCUUAUCCCGGUUCAUGGGGACCAUCGCCGACGAUCGAUACCUUAGAGACAUCGUCGUCAGCUUCCUUCUUGCCGGCCGGGACACGGUCGCGUCUGGGCUGACGAGCUUCUUCUGGCUGGUGGCACACCACCCGGCGGUGGAGUCCGCGAUCCGGGCAGAGUCGGAUCGGGUCAUGGGUCCGACCCGGGAUCUCGCGAGCUUCGAGCAAAUGCGGGAAAUGCAUUACCUGCAAGCGGCGAUAUACGAGAGCCUGAGGCUAUACCCGCCGGUGCAAUUCGACUCGAAGUUCUGCAAAGACGAUGACGUUUUGCCGGAUGGGACGUUCGUGCGGCGGGGAACGAGGGUGACAUACCACCCGUACGCGAUGGGGAGGAUGGAUCGAGCGUGGGGCAGGGACUGUAUGGAGUUCCGACCCGAGAGGUGGCUCCGGGAUGGGGUCUUUGUACCUGAGAAUCCGUUUAAGUAUCCGGUUUUUCAAGCCGGGCUUCGGGUCUGUCUGGGCAAGGAGAUGGCUCUGGUGGAGAUGAAAAGCGUUGCGCUUGCGCUCAUCAGGCGGUUCUAUAUCCGGGUUGAGAGUCCGGGUCGGGCACCCCAGUUUGCCCCAGGAUUGACCGCCACCGUGAGAGGCGGUCUUCCUGUUUGGGUACAGGAGAGAUGUACCGCAUCUUAAAUGUUGUUAUACAUUUUUUUUUUUUUUGAGAAAUUAUAUGGUAAAGACCUUUCCCUUUAAGCUA